CCAGAUGGCAGAGCCCGUGGUAUUAAUCCAACACAAACGCAAAGCAACAAUCACCAUAACGCUGUUACGCGUUUAGGUGAUGCUUUACGCCUUUGCGAGUGUUUUCCGCGGGUAUGAAGUGGCACGGAGAGGAUAUGGGGCUCUUUCUAAAUUAAUAAGAAAUGAAAGCGACUGGCUCCAGACUGGCACGCCGUGCGCACGGAUACAGACCGACAUUGCGCAGUAAAUAUCAUUUGGAUUUCCUCUUGCACGAAGUUCGGGAAGGUUUUGUCGGGUUGUGGUGCCGUUGAGACGGAUGGCUUAGGAGAAGGAAGAGGAGGGGGACGUGCAACACGAAGCCUGCGAGAAGCCCUGUGGAUCGCACAGAGGCCCAUUGCCCUCCACUGCGCCCAUAAGCUAUUCAAAGCAUUCCUGUGUUUAUGUUUCAGCAUACUCACUGUCUGAAAUUCAUCCUAGGAUUCAUUUGAUGGCAUCAUUCUUCCUUCAUUUACGCCUAUGGUAUCUGCUCCACUGACCUACCCCAGUGUUCCAGGAAUCAUUGUCUGAUUCAACCCAUCUUCUGAACCUGAAGAUAAAGUGGAGAUCAAAUUCCUAAUAUCACAAAUCCAAUCCUUAUUCCCAUUUUUGUUUGCACAAAUGGAUAGGAGAAAUUCAGCCUGCAUUAGACGAAUGUAAGUAAAGAUGUCAAAAGCAGGCAAUGUCCAGUUAUCAUUCGGACAGCAAUUUUAAGGAUGAUGAUACUGAGAAGGUUUUUUGUUCAUUUUAUUUUCGGCUCACCAACUUUCCAUGAUAUUAUUCCUUGGGGUCUCUGAAUAUGGACCUUUGAGAGAUCAGAUAGGGAUCAGACAUUCAGUGAGUUGGGUUUUAGAAAUCCAGCAUUCUUCUGGAUUUGAUGUCUUUAAGAUAAUUCAAGAUUGUGAACUCAAGGGUGUUGGGUAUUUCAGAACUGGAUAAUAGAGGCCAAAAUCAACUCCCAGAGAAUUUAAACAAGUAGAAGAACUCCACAAACUAUAGCGGUGAGUGGGUUUGUUGGCCCUUUUGGGGCCUCAACCCAAAUCUCAACCUUCGGCCUAUAUUUCUGCACAUUUGGCACCCAUUUCUUACUCCCCCAACCUCCACCAUUCCUUGAAGACUCUAAAUAUGGAUCUUUGAGAGAUCCGACAGAAUCAGACACCCAGAUGAGUUGGGGUUUGGAAGCCCUGGCUCCUUCUUGAAUAGAUGUGUCAAGUUUGUAAACUCAAGGGUGUUGGAUAUUUCUGAAGUGGAUUAUAGCUGCCAAACCCUACUUACAGAGAACUUUGAGAAGAAGACUUCCAUAAACUAGGGCCAUUAGAAUUUAUGUUUGCCCCUUUUUGGGCCUCAACCCAAAUCUCAACCCCUUCCUCCCAUUUGGCACCAAUUUCUUACCCUGUGAUCUCCACCAUUUCUCCACCAAGACUAUAAAUAUGGACCUUUGAGAAAUCUAGAUGGCAUCAGACACCCCGUGAGCUGGGUUUUGGAGGCCCAGCCCAACACUCUUUUUACUUGGUUGGAUGCUUAUUAGAUUCCUCAAAGGUGCUGGGUAUAUCAGAUGUGGAUUAUCUUUUUAGAUGCUAAGUAUCCCUUCUAGAGCACUUAGAAAAGGAGAAGACCUCUGCAGACUAGUGAGCCUAUUGGCCCUUUUUGGGCCAGAACCCAAAUCUCAACCUCAUUUUGUGCCUAUUUAGCACCCAUUUCUUGCCCCCAACUCUACCCAACCUCCACCAUUCGCCCCUCACUGGCCACGGCAGUCCUCCCUCCCCGUUCCCGCCCCCACCCUCCCCAUUCCCCUCACCACACUCCUCACCCCUCGACCCAAGUUGCUAUGGCCACCAGCACUACCACCACUGCCCGGGAACACCUCCUAGUGGUGCGGAGGCGAACCCCACAUAUGCGCUACACACUAAGCCCAGAGAAUCUCCGCAGCCUCUCAGCACAGGGAGCUUCUGUGAAUGGGAGGAGCUCCAGAGGGGGAGCCUCAGAACCAAUGGGCCUACAGCGAGCCAACAGCGACACCGACCUGGUGACGUCGGACAGCCGCUCCUCCUUAACAGCCUCGACGUACCAAUUUUCACUCGGGCGAGGACAAAACCUGGUCAUCUCUUGGGACAUCAAGGAGGAAGUGGAUGCCACUGACUGGAUUGGGUUGUACCAUAUAGAUGAGACGUGUCCUGCUAAUGUUUGGGAUUCGAAGAACCGUGGUGUGAAUGGCACUCAGAGGGGGCAGAUCGUCUGGAGGCUGGAGCCUGGGCCAUAUUUCAUGGAGCCUGAGACCAAAAUCUGUUUCAAAUAUUACCAUGGAGUGAGUGGAGCAUUGAGAGCCACAACAUCCUGCAUCACAGUCAAAAAUCCCGGAGUUACAGUGGGAGCAGAAGGGCAGGUGGAUGGCCAGUCUGUCACAGAACACUGCAGGAAAUUGGUCAGCUUUACAUUAUCAGAUAUCAGGGCUCAGGGUUUGAAGAAGGGCAUGUUUUUUAAUCCUGACCCCUAUCUAAAGAUGAGCAUUCAGCCAGGCAAGAGGAACAGCUUCCCAGCAUUUACCCACCAUGGCCAAGAGAGACGAACCUCCAUCAUAUCGAACACAACCAACCCUGUGUGGCAUGGAGAGAAGUACACUUAUGUUGCAUUGAUGACGGAUGUUUUGGAAAUUGAGGUCAAGGACAAAUUUGCCAAAAGUCGUCCGAUCAUCAAACGCUUUUUAGGUCAGCUGAUAUUACCAGUGCAAAGACUGCUGGAGAGGCAUGCUGCAGGGAAUCAACAUAUAAGCUACACACUUUGUCGUCGUUUGCCAACGGAACAUGUGAGCGGGCAGAUUCACUUCAGGGUGGAGAUCACCUCCAAUGGACAUGAAGAUGUCAUGGGUUCUCUGCUGGGAGCAUCUUCUGUGAACGGUGACCCUGGGAGCCCUUCGGACGAUGAGGAGGUGUUGCAUCCUGUCUCUCGCAUGACCCAAGGCCCCUCGCCCACUGGUUCUGAAGGGUCCCUGCACGGUGAUGCCUUUAGGACAGACGAGUGCUUGAUGGACCCUGAUGAAGAUCAGCUCUUGACAGACGGAGCCCCAGACUCGGCCGAAGGGACCCCGGGCCACUCUCAUCGCCAGGCCUCACUUAAUGACUACCUGGACGCCAUUGAAGCCCCUAAGGGCCCUGGAGACAGGCCGCUGGGGGCUGCAUCCCCGAAACUACGCUCAAGUUUCCCUACAGACACUAGACUCAAUGCUAUGUUACAUAUAGACUCUGAUGAAGACGAGGAAGGACAUGCCUCCCGGGACACAACAUUGACUAAUGGGGCUCAAGGAGCUAAUGGUCAUGCCGCCUCUGAACAGGACAAGGGGGAGGGUCCUACAAAAGAUAGGGAGAAAACUGAGUUGGAAUCGGCAAGCUGUGCCACAGAUACAGAGGCCACAGCCUCGGGGUCGAGCAGUAGCACAGCAACAAGCCAAAAUAAAGGUGCUGAGGGCAGCCGGGAAGGAGUUGCCACCACUGGAGACUCCACUCAAACUACUGCCAGCUCUCAGCAGACAACUCCAAAAAUACAGGUUGAAGAGGGAGUUGGACCCAUAGCAGGAACCACGGAAGAAGUUGCUGUGUCUUCGGAGGCCUCUGAGACGUCAACAACUGCAAAUAAUGUAGCUACUGAAGAGGGCGGGGCCACUGCAGCCAGGCAAUCAGAGCAGGGGAGUUCUAACGAGGUGGCCAAUGGGGAGGAGGAAGACGGAGAAAUAUGGCAGAGGAGGCGGAGUUUACAGCCAUCAGGGAAUGCAUCACUGUCUGAAGGGAUGGAAUCGACCAAUGAAGUGAGGAGGGCAGCUGACUCAGCACAAGCUGCCACGGUAACAGAGGGAGAGACAGGGGCCAGUGCUCAAGUGAACGGCCAUCAACCAAUGCGCUCACUCCCUUCAGUGCGUCAUGACAUCAGCCGCUACCAGAGAGUGGAUGAACCUCUUCCGCCAAACUGGGAAGCUCGCAUUGACAGCCAUGGGAGGAUUUUCUAUGUUGAUCAUGUGAACAGAACCACGACCUGGCAGCGACCCACUGCCCCACCUGCACCUCAGGUCCUUCAGAGGUCCAACUCCAUUCAACAGAUGGAGCAGCUUAACCGAAGGUAUCAGAGUAUUCGAAGAACAAUAACCAAUGAGAGGACAGAUGAGCAAGCUGCAGAGAUGCCUUCAGAUGAUACUGACUUGCUGCAUCACUCCAUACCUGAGUACCGUCGGGAUGGUGUCGUUGGUCCCACUAGCUCUCGCUCUCGUCUGUCUUUGCUGCUUCAGUCCCCCAGCGCCAAGUUUCUCAUCAGCCCGGAUUUUUUCUCCGUACUGCAUUCUAACCCUAGUGCCUACCGGAUGUUUACAAGCAACACGUGUCUGAAGCACAUGAUCAGUAAAGUGCGACGGGACGCGCAUCACUUUGAGCGCUACCAGCACAACCGCGACCUGGUGGCCUUCCUCAACAUGUUCGCCAACAAACAGCUGGAGCUCCCGCGAGGCUGGGAGAUGAAACAUGACCACACGGGCAAGCCUUUCUUCGUGGAUCAUAACUGCAGGGUUACCACCUUUAUAGACCCGCGACUGCCGCUGCAGAGCGCCCGACCCAGCAGCAUCCUUGCCCACCGACAGCACCUCAGCCGGCAGCGCAGUCACAGUGCAGGGGAGGUGAGCACCCGACAUCUGGUGGGUGAUGACCCUCGGCACGUUGGACCUGCUGUACUACCCCGCCCUUCCAAUACCUUCACAGCCAAUCGCAACCAAUGUCAAGAUUUAGUUCCUGUUGGUGGGUCAUUUCAGUCUACAGUUAAUUUAGCAUUCAUUUAUAAAGUCACCUAUAAUGAGAAAAUAGUGACAUUUUUGCGGCAACCGAACAUUUUUGAGAUCCUUCAGGAAAGACAGCCUGAGCUCAUUAGAAAUCAUUCACUCAGGGAGAAGGUGCAGUUCAUUCGUAAUGAUGGAGCAUCUGGUUUAGCUCGACUAUCCAGUGACGCAGACUUAGUGAUUUUGCUCAGCUUGUUUGAAGAGGAAGUGAUGUCAUAUGUGCCACCUCAUGCCUUACUGCACCCCAGCUACUGUCAAUCACCGCGAGGGUCUCCAGUCUCCUCCCCUCAGAACUCUCCUGGUACACAACGAGCCAACGCACGGGCCCCUGCGCCAUACAAACGAGACUUUGAAGCCAAACUUCGGAAUUUCUAUCGCAAACUGGAGACUAAAGGCUAUGGACAGGGUCCAGGCAAAGUCAAGUUGAUAAUUCGGAGAGACCACCUGCUGGAGGACGCCUUCAAUCAGAUUAUGUGCUACUCUCGCAAGGAUCUACAGAGAAGUAAACUCUACGUCAGCUUUGUUGGAGAGGAGGGACUGGAUUACAGUGGCCCAUCACGAGAGUUCUUCUUCCUGGUGUCUCGGGAGCUUUUUAACCCAUACUACGGUCUGUUUGAGUAUUCAGCCAAUGACACCUACACCGUCCAGAUCAGCCCCAUGUCUGCCUUCGUCGACAACCAUCAUGAGUGGUUUCGCUUUAGUGGGCGUAUUCUGGGUCUCGCUCUCAUCCACCAAAACCUGCUGGAUGCCUUCUUCACUCGACCCUUCUACAAAGGUCUACUGCGAAUUCCGUGUGAUCUGAGUGAUUUAGAAUAUCUGGAUGAAGAGUUUCAUCAAAGUCUUCAGUGGAUGAAAGACAAUGACAUCGAGGACAUGCUGGACCUCACUUUUACCGUCAAUGAGGAAGUCUUCGGACAGAUAACAGAGCGGGAAUUGAAGCCCGGUGGCGCGAACAUCCCUGUGUCAGAGAAGAAUAAGAAGGAGUACAUUGAGCGCAUGGUGAAAUGGCGUAUAGAGAGAGGAGUCGUCCAGCAGACCGAAAGUCUCAUACGAGGCUUUUAUGAGGUUGUCGAUGCACGGCUGGUGUCUGUGUUUGAUGCACGAGAGCUGGAGCUGGUGAUCGCAGGAACAGCAGAGAUUGAUCUGGGAGACUGGAGAAACAACACAGAGUACAGAGGAGGUUACCAUGACAACCACAUCGUAAUUCGCUGGUUCUGGGCGGCAGUGGAGCGAUUCAAUAAUGAGCAGAGACUCAGACUUCUACAAUUUGUGACAGGGACUUCCAGUAUUCCGUACGAGGGUUUUGCCUCCCUCAGGGGCAGCAAUGGACCACGGCGCUUCUGUGUAGAGAAGUGGGGGAAAAUCACAUCUCUGCCCAGGGCUCACACGUGUUUCAAUCGCUUGGAUCUCCCACCGUAUCCCUCGUUCUCCAUGCUGUACGAGAAGAUGCUCACUGCAGUGGAGGAGACCAGCACGUUCGGCUUGGAGUGAAUGUUGACCUUUGCACUUCAGCCUGAUCAAAUAUGUUCUGCAACCACUUCCUGUGACCCCCUCUAGAAGAUUCUGAAGCAUUCAGAGCAAAGCUUUCUACCUUUUAAAAAGACACCAAAAGCACUUAGAAGUAUAUUUUGUACACCGUUUUACUUCUGAAAAUACUUUAAACGUACACCACACAGAUCCAACAAGUAAAACUCUGAAAAAGACAAGGCAAAAAAGUCAAACUGGAUUCAUAGAAGAAAGUGCGAAUGUAAACUCCGUUGUUUGGACUUUGGCACCACUUUGAUUCACUCUGGACACAAGGAAGUGGUCAGGCAAAUGCAAAGUUGAGUUAUUAACUGUAAGAAUUUACAUGUAUUCAUUUAGCAGACGCUUUUAUCCAAAGCGACUUACAAAUGACGAAUUGAGCAAAAAUGAGGAAAACAAACCCAAAGGACUUUCGAUAUUAUAAUACUCUUUUUAACUGUAAAAAAAGACUUUUAUACAGACCAUCGAAGUGCAGCGUGAAUGAACAAACAUUGUGUUGUGAAACAGCUUUUUUCAGAUGCCCUUGCUGUCUCGAAUCGCCUCAAGCACUAUCACAUGACAUUUUUUGGUUGAAACCCCCAACCACCCCCGCUAUAUUGAAUUGAAAUGUAUACGUUUGCUCUAACUUUAUCAUAUUUAUACAUUUGCCUUCUGUUUGGUUUGACACAGUGUGCCCAUUCAUGUAGCUGUCGUGUCAAAUGUGUGGCACUAUUUUGAAUGAACUGGUUAUGCAUAUACUCACACAAACACACAGGUAUGUUUUGAAAGGGCAUGUUACACAAAAGUGCACUCUCGUACGCACUUAAACAUAUGAAUGUGACCACUAUGUGCAAAUCUGCUUUAAAAAUGUCAUUGAAGUUAUGACUAAAAGAAUGAGGAAGGUUUUAUGAUGUUUUGGAGAAGAAAAUACCAAUUGUAUGACAUUGAAGCUUCUGGAAAAAACAUCUAGGGGCUUCAGCUUGAUGGUUUUUAUACUGAACCUCUUACUUUUUCCUGCGGAGAAAUCUGAAGUUUGAUUUCUGAUGACAUUAUGAAAGAGAGAAGGACACAAAACCGAUUUUCCACUUGAAUGGUCACAUUCCCCUACAUACAACCUUAAAGGAAUAAUUUACUCGAAAAUAAAAAAGUAUGUCUUCAUUUACUCACCCUCAUGUUGUUCCAAACCAAAAUGUCUUUCUUCCAUGAAACAUGAAAGGAGAUGUUUUGAAAAAUGGCCUCACUGCUCUUUUCUAUUCAAUGAAAGUGGAUGGUGACUGAAACAAAAAAGCUCCAUAAAAGUAUUUUCAAGCCUCCUGAAAAAAUAUAAUGGCUUCCUGUAAAUAAUUUUUGUUAUUUGUUUUUAUUCACUAAAAAUCUUCCUCUCCGUAGUAUUAUCUCGAAUCUCGUUUGCGGUUGCGCAUAUUGAAAAUAUUUAAACUUUUGUGGUGCUUUAAUGUAGAUUUCUUUUGUAAUUUUUGGAAGAACAUAAAAUAUCACAUACUUUUAUUUAGAGAAGGUGAUUAUAUUUAAAUCGUCACCUAAGGUAAUCGGAUGCAUAGAUCACUAGAUAUCCCACACGAAGCGAAUGUUACAUAUGGCCACCAGGAGAUGGCGCCAUGUAAAUGACACAGAGUUAAUGAAGCUGACUACUUGCGUCAAAAGGCUUUCAUUCUGUGAAAUCUCAUUACUAAAAUCAUGCCUCCAUACUAUACAAACCUUUAGACAUUGUUGUGUUUGCAUGUGUAAUUAGUUCUUAUGUACAAUUAUUAUGAUUUAUUUAUUUGGAGAGGCUUUUGGACACAUGGAGACAUUUUUGGACACUAUGAUAAAUUAUUUUCGUAAAGCUAUAGCUUUUGAUUGCUUUGUCGUAUUAACACAACAUAUUUCUCAUAUACAAUUGACUUGAUUGGUAUCCAAAAAUAGUUUUUGGAGCCAUCUUUAUUACACAUAUAUGAUGCGUAUAUAUGAUGUCAAAUAAGAAAACAAGUAAAAAAAAAAAAAAUUGUGUUUGGCACGACAUAAUGAUGGUGAAUAAAGUAUGACAAAUUACAUUUUGGGUAAAAUAUUCCUUUAUGCUUAACCAUUCUUUUUAUACUUACACUUAUAGCUUUAGAGUGACAUGAAUGUAAACUCAGCUUUCUUGAAAGUUUUUCAUUGUUGACACCAUUUUUAAACCCCCUUCCCUUAUUUGAAACCGAGGAAUAUCUACCACAGAGAAAAACAUAUCAAUACAUUCCAGAUCAUUUGUGUUAACUCAACGCAGCCUAACACUGCCGUGGCUGUGUGCUGCUGGAUUGUACUCUUGUUCUGAGUGUUUUGUAUUUGGAUACAUUUUGUGUAUUUAAUAUCGCUUCCAGUAAAUCUGGUGUAGUUGAAACUGCCAUGGGGCAUUAUGAGCCCUGUUAAAUGUUGGAAUAGCAACAGGAAAAAAAAAGAUGAGCAUAUAAUUUAUAUUUAGUUUGAUUAUGGUUGGCCUAUAUCAUUAAUACAAACCAGAUAGAUCAUCGUCUUAUUUGUAUUAAGGCUUUUGCUGUGCCAUGCUGAUAUUUGUGCUGAAUGGACCAAAGGUUUAGGGGUGGCUGUCCAAUACCGAUUUUAUUUGAUCCUUAAUUGAUUUGUUUGAUUUAAAAAAAGUGAUAGUGUAAAAAAAAAAAAAAUGAUUUAAUAUAAAUAUCAGUUUCCUGGUCACAGUGUUGAUCUCAAACUAAUAUCUGAAGAAACUGUAUGAACAUCUGAGGACUGCGGGGAAAUUAUCGACAGGAAACUGGAAUCAAACAUUGUUCAUCGCCAUUUAAUUAUUAGAACGAUGAUGCUUUUUAUUUCUAUGUCACUUCCCUUUAGCACCAAUCACAUGCUCUGUAAAUCAUGAAUGUUGUUUGACUUUCUGAGCUCUGCAUUUAAGUUUUUCUCUUUUGGUUUUCAUCACAAAUGAUUGUAUAAAGCUGUUUAUCUCA